UGCUCUGCUUCGUUUCCACGCGCACGAAACCCUAUAUAAGAAUCCUCUCGAUUCCCCGGUUCUCCUCGCCGCAAUUCCCCACUCUCGCCGCCCCCGGUUCCUCCCCGAGAUCGGCCCGGUUCCGCCGCCCGGACCCCGGGGGACUCCCUCCCCUCCUCGAUCCGUUCGGGCGGCCGGCCGGCCGGCGUGAGUGGCCGGGAUGGUGUUCUACUUCAAGGCGCGGCCCGAGGCCGGCGACUACACCAUCUUCAUGGGCCUCGACAAGUACGAGAACGAGGACCUCAUCAAGUACGGCUUCCCCGAGGACAUCUGGUUCCAUGUAGAUAAGAUGUCCUCUGCGCAUGUAUAUGUGAGACUAAAUAAAGGCCAGACAAUGGAUGACAUGAGUGAAGGUCUGCUGGAAGACUGUGCACAGCUUGUCAAAGCUAAUUCCAUUCAAGGAAAUAAAGUCAAUAACAUUGAUGUAGUUUAUACUCCAUGGUAUAAUUUGAAGAAGACCCCUUCAAUGGAUGUGGGUCAAGUUGGUUUUCACAACCCUAAAUUGGUUCGGACCAUCAAAGUCGAAAAGAGGAUCAAUGAGAUUGUGAACCGCUUGAACAAGACAAAGGUGGAGCAGAAGCCUGACUUGAAGGCUGAAAGAGAGGCUGUGAGUGCUGCUGAAAAGGCAGAAAGAAAGGUGCAGCUUAGAGACAAGAAACGUAGGGAAGAAAUGGAAAGGCUUGAGAAGGAGAAGCAAGCGGAAAUCAGGAGCUACAAGGGGCUGAUGGUCCAAGAGAAGAUGACUUCUAACAAGCAAGUCGCAUCUGGCAGCAAGACCCUCCAAGAGCUCGAAGAAGACUUCAUGUGAGAUCAUGGCAAUUUGUCAUGCUGAAGCUCUCUGAACUGCCUCUGUCAAAGACAGGACAGGUGUCCCCAGCUUGCUUGCUAGCCAGUGUCCGUGAUGGCUCAUGGGUUGGGCUAUGACACGAUGUGAUGAUGUUGUUGUCCUUAUGGUCUCUGUAGACCUGUUUGAUUGGUGAAACAACGAGAAUGCAUGCUCAAACCGUGGUUGAUAUAAUGAUCAGUUUUUCAUCAAUCGUAAAUGGUAAUGGUAGUGAAACUUAAUUCUGUUUAA